AUGGGCCGAGUCUCGCAAGGCAGUGGUCAGCAAGGACGCUCUAAAACGGAUUCUCGCAUGAUGCUCUUCAAUAAUCUCCAAACUUCGAUUCACCAUGGUAAUGGAGGAACAACAUGGAAGAACAGCACAAUCUCUCAAGAUCUUUUAAUGGUCCGUCAGUUGUUCCCAAGUACCAAUAUUUUUAUUCUGCUCUCUCAUCGGCAUUACUCAAUGCUCACUACGAAAAGCUCUACGAUGGAUGACAAACAGCUAUGGGAUCUGGCAUGCUACUACUAUGCUCUCAUUGAUUGGCAAAAACGUUUGCAGGUCAGGGACACGCCUAAGAACAAAAUCACUGAGGAAAACUACACAGCCAUACUUCACUAA